CUGCUGCGGGCCUCAGUUGACCGGCUCCCGUUGCACGGUGAGGUGCGCGCACUCGUCUCCUGUCAUCCCGGUAAACCAGUUACACAAGUCGGUAACUCCGCUGGCUGAGGCGCGGAGGGAGACACGCACUCCUGUCGCCAAGGUUUUUGUGGUGCCACGAUGAAGAACGUCUCAGGAGCAGCCCUGCUGUUGUUUCUGUCGUUCUUCACGCCGCACGCACAGGGAACAAAUUCCUUAGGCAUCAGCCCUCCGGAGAAACCUGCUCUGACCAGAUGUCGUUCUCCUGAAAAGGAGACCUUCACCUGCUGGUGGGUGCCAGGAUCUGACGGGGGCCUGCCCACCACCUACGCCCUGUACUAUCGCAAAGAGAACUCUGAUACAGUGUACGAGUGUCCCGACUACCACACGGCCGGGGAGAACUCCUGCUUCUUCAACAAGAACGACACGUCCAUCUGGGUCAACUACAACAUCACUGUGGUUGCCACCAACGCACACGGCAGUACCUUCUCCGACCCCGUGGACAUAGAUGUGGUCUACAUCGUCAUGCCUAAUCCUCCAGAGAAGGUAGUGGUGACUGUGUUGGAGGACAAGGGCUGGCCCUUCCUCCGGGUGUCAUGGGAACCACCACACAAGGCCGACACCCGCUCCGGCUGGAUCACUCUGAUCUACGAGCUCCGCAUCAGGUUGGAUGGAGAAGAUGAGUGGGAGAUGCACCUUGCAGGACAACAGAAGAUGUUUAACAUUUUCAGUCUGCGGUCAGGUGGUACGUACCAUGUCCAGGUGCGCUGUAAGCCCGAUCAUGGUUUUUGGAGUGAAUGGAGUUCCACCUUCGACGCCAAAGUGCCUGAAUAUGUCCAUCGGGAGAAGUCAACGUGGAUCCUCAUUACAGUCUUUUGUGCCUUCAUCUUCCUCGUCCUCGCGUGGUUGUUACACAUGAACAGCCACAGAAGUCUGAAGCAUUGCAUUCUGCCACCUGUCCCCGGUCCUAAAAUCAAAGGAUUUGAUAAACAACUUCUAAAGAGUGGCAAGUCUGAGGGGAUCUUCAGUGCAAUGAUGGUCUCCGAUUUCCCCCCGACCACAUUGUCCAACUGUGAAGAUUUUCUGGUGGAGUUCUUAGAGGUGUACAUCCCUGAGGAGCAGGAGCUGAUGCUGGAGGAAAGCAAGGAUCUGCACAAUGCCGGCCUCAAAUCCGGGGGCUCCACGUACGACAAUGACUCCGGCCGGGGCAGCUGUGACAGCCACACUCUGCUGAUGGAUAAGUGCGGAAGGUUGAAAGAGGAAGAGAAGCGAACAGAUCAGGAGAAAAGUCCGAUGGACGCUCAGAGGCACCAGAAAAAAAGGAAUGAGGGUGCGUUGACCUACUCUCAUGAUGAUAUCGUUAGCCCUGACAUGUCCAGUGGACGGGUGAAGACCUGGCCUUCUGUGUAUUCGCCUCUGCCUCAGUACAGCUCACUUAACCAAAUGAGCCUGCUUGAGACGGCGAAACAGCACUGCCUCUCCGACAGCCUGUUCCUCCCAAUCUCCUCGUCCUCCUACCUCACCCAGCCUGGCCAUGGCACCAAUAAGGAGGCUCUAGGACCAAGCUACUGGGACAAGAAAUAUCACUCACUCCAUCCUCAGACGCAGGCCCUCUGGCAACUCCAGGCCCACAGCGAGGUCAACAUCUCCAGCGUCGGCCGCAUAAAAGCGCCCGCUGGUCAGCAGCCGCUUGCUCUCCGGACCACCGAGUAUGUCGAAGUCCAGAGGGUCAACGAGGAGGACGUGGUGCUCCUGCAGCCUGUCAUGUCGGACUGUGGGGCUGACUGCCCCCUGCCACGCCAGGAGGAGGACUACAGCAAGGUGAUUGGGGUGAACGGUGACAACGUGCUUCUUCUCCAGAGAGAGGUGGCGGGACACGAGGCGGAGAGGUGCCCCUGUGAGGGCCAGGAGAUGAAUGGAGCGAUGGAGAGCUGCCUCCCGUCAUCCAUUGUUACCCAGAAGCCUGCAGCCUGCUUUCACACUGGCACACCAGUCCGGGAUGACACUAGCCUGGCAGUGAGUGGCUAUGUAGACACUGCCACCAUAUUUACUACCUACUAGGUGCUCAGAAGCCCAACAGGCAGGUCUGGAACAUUGUGAGACCUGUUUUAAGGUGGAACACAGACAAAAAGAGUUACUCCGACCCUAUUCUUCCAUUUAUCAUAAAUCUAAUUUAAGAGACAGUUGAUACAUGAUAAAGAACUAAGAUAAUUUGAUUGAAUGAUGUGAAUAAUAAUCAUAAUUUAACUUUAAAGUUAAAAAGUCAAUAUUUAUGAUUGAUUGUAUAAGAUGUCUGGUACUUCCUGCUGUCAUUAUGAUUAGUUUAUUAAGUAAAAUAGUACAGGAUUUUAUUUUUGUUCCUUUCCCUGUGCAAAUUUCUCCCCGUCGAACUCAAAGCUGUUGGCUGGAUACCACACAGAACCUGUUAAUAGAAAGAUAUAUUUCAAGAAGGAAAACUGAGAAAGUGGUAUUUUUGGUAAAAUAGUAUGAUUGUGUAAUUGCUCGGCAUUGUGCAAUACAAACCUUAAGUGACUUCGUCUCUGUUGUUUAACAGUGAUAAAAUGCUGUGUAUGGCCAUUUAUUUUUAUUUUUGCACAAAUAUGUUUUUAUGUAUCGCUUUACAAACAGUCAAUCACCUAAUCACUAAACGCAAUCUGAAACUUAACUCAUUGGAGUUGGAGAACCCGUCGUAAAAAUCAAUAGUAAUAAAUGUACAAAUGUGAUUUUUGUUGGGGUGUUUCUAUAUGGUUCCUAAGUACUAAAUUGAUAUGUACAUGCUUGUUAUUGUUACCUGGUUGUAAUAAUUAAUAAUGAGGCAAAAACUUGAUUGACAAUACCCUCUGACACAGACAGCCACUGUUAUUCAAGGCUUUUAAACCAAAAACUGGGAACUUUUCAAAAUACAAAAACCUUGAAGGACCACAGAAAGUAAAUUUAGUCACUAAUGCCUAAUGAAGUGAAUCUUUGUGAAUGCAUAGCUCGAAUCAGUUGUGUAUUAUUUUGUCUGUUUUGAUAAAUAAAUGACAAGAGCUGAGAAUUGGUCAGAAAUUU